AUGGCCACAACAGCCGCCAGCGACAUCGAUCUCGACACCUACACCCACCUACCCCUGCAGAUCGACCCGGCCACCAAAACGCUCUCCCUCCACCCCUCCGCCACCGCCUCAUCCUCUCCCGACACCUCGCUCCAAGCCGCCCUCAGCACCGUCAACCAACUCCACGGCGUGCUCAAGACCCUCGACACGCCCAACUCCAUCCCGCCGCACCCGCUCCCCACCAACCUGCCGACGCAAAAACGCACCGCGCAGAUCACCAAACUGCGCGAGGCGGCCUCGACUGCGUUCCGGAAAUCGCAGUUCGCGGAGUCGAUCCGCCUGUACACGUUUGCCAUCGACAUGGCCGCGAGCCGGCCGUCCUGGGAGCCGGUCGCGCUGAUCCGCGACGAGCUGAGCGGCCUGUACCGCGAUCGCGCCCAGGCGCACAUGGGCGUCCGCGACUGGGUCGAGGGCUGCAAGGACUGCGAGGCCAGCGUCGAGUGUAAGCGGCCGCAGGGCGAGAAGGGAAAGGUGUGGUGGCGCGGUGGGAAGUGUCUGCUCGAGAUGGCUAGGUAUGCCGAGGCGGCGCAGUGGUUGGAGAGGGGCCUCGACUGUGAGCCCGGCUUGCAGGCGGAUGAUGGGAGGGAGAUGCGCGCCUUGCUGGCUGAGGCUAGGAGGAAGGCGGACCAGUUCACGGCUUCGUCAUGA